UUCCACAAAUUUACUCAUAACAAUUCAUUUCCAAGAUCCGAUUUUUAAUUAAAUAUCAAUUCUUCAUCUUCUUCCCUAAACCCCAAUUUCUCUCCCAAUCUGCAGAACUUUCCAAACCCUAAUUUCAAUCUCUGCAACCAAUCAGAAAAUUCAAUUUUUAAACCCCCUCCCCAUUGUUGGACAGAAGAAAUUCGACAGAAAGAUGAAUAAUUUUGGUGCAAUAAAGCAGGAAUAUUGGGGGCAAUCGAAUUUGGAUGAGCAGCAGCAUCCGCCAUUGAUGACGAGCUUGAGCUUGCAGGAGAUUAAUCCCGCAAUGGAGGUGGGGGGGCCCACGCCAUUCCUGAGCAAGACUUACGAGCUGGUGGAAGAUCCGGCGACGGACGACGUCGUCUCGUGGAGCAGAAACAGCAACAGUUUCGUCGUCUGGGACCCCCAGAGAUUCGCCAUGGAUCUUCUCCCUCGCUACUUCAAGCACAACAAUUUCUCAAGCUUUGUCAGGCAGCUCAACACAUAUGGUUUUAGGAAAGUUGACCCGGACAAAUGGGAGUUUGCGAACCAAGGUUUCUUGAGGGGACAAAAACAUCUUUUGAAAAGUAUAAGAAGAAGAAAAACAUCGAAUAAUCCACAAUCUUCUAGCCAAGGAGGCAUAGAGUCGUGCGUUGAAGUUGGGACCUUCGGAUUGGAUACAGAGAUUGAAAGAUUAAGGCGCGACAGACAAGUUUUAAUGGCUGAAUUGGUGAAGCUUCGACAACAACAACAAACGACUAAGUUCCACAUCAAUGAAAUGGAGCAAAGGCUCAAAGGGACGGAGCUCAAACAACAACAAACGAUGAAUUUCUUGGCGAGGGCAAUAAAGAACCCCACCUUCUUACAACAAUUUGUUCAAAACAAGGAUAGAAGAAAAGAGAUCAUGGACGUGCUUUCAAAGAACAAGAAGAAGAAAAUAGAUCAUGGCUCAAGAACUUAUAACACUUAUAACACGGAUAGUUCAUACAACAUUGGUAUUCAAGAAUUCGGGCAACUUGAUGACAUGAGAAUGGGGGGUUUUGAAGACAUUAAGGUAGAAGAAUCCUUAGGGUACAGUGAGACUAGUGGAUUAGAUCAUAUGAUGAACAUCGAGAACCAAGUCUUGGACAAGAAUUUUGAUGGUAAUACUGCAAAAACAUUCGAUGGAGGGCUUUGGGAGGACUUGACCAUAAAUGAAGGGAUUGGAACAUUCGGUUGCUUAGACGAUGAAUAUGGUGAGUGUGUUUUGCCUCAUCAAUUAGGGUUCUUUAGCUCUAACCCGUCGAUCUAAAGAAAAAUGUUUGCUCAUUCGAUGAAGAACACUUAGGGAUGGUUUUUAUUGUCAUCCAAUAGGCUUUAUGAAAAAGUUCUUAGGAACAUUUAGAAGUCUCAAAUCUCCAUAUUUUCCUCCUUCUUCUUCGUAUUGAUAUUUCUAUGAGCUAGCCAUUUGUUAUUGUCAAUUUUCAUUUGGUU